UCAACAUUUAGAUCACACGAACACGAAACACGGGCUUGUUUUUUUUGUUGUUGCACCCAACAAAGCAACAUCUAAUAAUCUUUAAGCAAAGCUAAAAUAUUAAAUAUUUGGAAGUUUUUUUAGUGAAUCAAUGGAUAGGUGAAAAUAUAGCAGAAAGUCCUUUUAAAUACUAAUUGUUUUUUGUUGAAACAAUCAACAAGUGUUUGUAUAAAAAGGCCAUCUCUAUCUGUGUGUGUGUGUGUGUGCAAGGAAUGAGAUUAUUUUGCAACAAAAACGAUAAAAAAGCGAAAUAAGUUUUGGUCGCCACAUCUUCAAUAUGAAUGUUUGAGAAGGUGGUUGUGAAGAAAAAUAAAAAAGAAGUUUAUUUUUUUUGUGGAAAUUGACGAGUUGUUUAGUGUGUGCAUGAGUAAGCCUUUUUCCAAUAUUUUUGAUUAUAUUGCGCAAGCUGCUUGGCAGCAAAGAAUGCCAAUACCACACAUACAAGUGCAUAUUCUACAUUGAGCCGAUAAAAAAAUCUUCAUUGCUAUAGUGACAAAAUUCAUAAAAGUGCUAUAACAUUAGUUUAAAAACAAAACUGUAGUUUUAAAUUUGUACAGCCAAAAUUUUUCUUGAGAGUCCAGUACUGAGUUCUAUUCGCGGUUCGUUUCGUUGAGCCAAAAGCCGUUGCUUGAGUACUUGUCGCCAUUCGUGUUUAAUAUCUGUGCGGCGGACGCGCUAAGACUCGUUGUUGACUUUUUCCGCGUGAUCUUUAGUGCUUUCGCACCUUGACGCCUCAGUCUGCUGUGGCUCUUUAUAUUUAUGUCUAUGACGUAAACCAAACAUCGCGAUUAUUUAGUAGAAGCAGAUAGAACAACAAUAACAUUAGCAAAAACAUUGACUUAACAACAAGUCCAGCAACAUUAUCGAUCGACAAAAAAACCUUCAUCUCCUAAAGUCAGUUCCAGAUGCCCACCAAAGCUAAACAAAAUACUGAAAACGAGGGAAAAAAGAAAAUCAAAACAAAAACAAAACCCAGACCAGCACCAACACCCAUAAAUUGGUUGGUAUAGAGAGCUUCAAUGGGACUGGCUUUUGAGAAAACAUCAACAAAUACAUCCUGUCUAACAGACACGUAAAGGAGUAAGGCAGUGGUGAAGGCGUAGGAAAACCAACAAAUAUACCGUUGCUGGCUUUCUUUAAUUUCCCUACACAUCCCUACCCUACCCCAACAAGAGCAAAGGAAAAGAGGAAAAUUGAAAAGGCAGAAACUAUAGUGAAUGUCAAAAAAUGAUAAAAAUAAAUCGGGUGGCGGCCUUCUGGAAAGUUUGUUUGGCCGCCCAAAAACCAAAGGCACCCACUACAGCACCGGUAACCUGGCGGGACGGCCCGCAUCCACAGAUGGCGAAGCUGCUUUCGAUUUGCAGGAAUUGGAAAAGACCAUACGAGCGCUAAGCGAUUCGGAGGUGGAUGCUAAAUUCAUGGAAAUACUUGAGGAUAUGAAUAUUCCCAAAGACAAAAGAGGGCCACUGCUUUCGAAAUCCAUAACAGAGCGACAGAAAAUGAUAUUUAUGCACCUGAAAGGCAAAAACUCUUUGGAACAUCGAGCGAAUUCAAAAUUUGAAAAACCUCUUGACUACAUCGAAUACCUGCGCAAUAGUGAACACAGUGAGCCUAAAAUCUAUGCCUGCCUGGAAAGCUUGCGGGUGGCGCUCACCAACAAUCCCCUAUCGUGGAUUGAAGAGUUCGGCGAAGAUGGCAUUGAUGAAGUCAUCAAAAUGAUGAGUCGAUGCAAAAGGGAUCGUUUAUACGAUCGCAUCGAAUUGGAAUGUAUUCGUUGUCUCAAGGCCAUCAUGAAUAACACAUGGGGUUUAAAUUUAGUUCUAACACCCGAUCAACACCAGGUUGUACUGCUGUUGGCACAGUCUCUGGAUCCCCGUAAGGUCACCACUAUGUGUGAAGCCGUCAAAUUGUUGGCUUCGUUUUGUCUGGUGCACGAACGCAAUGGCUAUGAUAAGGUGCUGAGGGCUAUAACAACAGCAGCCUCAACUUCUUACAAAUCCAGUGAACGUUUUCGACCCAUAGUCGAUUCGUUAUUCAUACCGGAAAAGGAUGACCCACGAAGAGAACUGGCGUGCCAUAGCUUAAUUUUCAUCAAUACUCUCACAAAUACUCCAAAUGAGCUGAAUUUUCGUCUGCAUUUACGUUGCGAAAUUAUGCGUAUGGGUCUGUAUGCGAAAUUCGAUGACUUCAAGAGGAUGGUGGAGGCCAGUAACAAUGAUUCGUUGAAACAGCAUUUUAAAAUUUUCAAUGAAAUUCGAGAAGAUGACUUCGAAGAAUUUAUCCAGCGUUUCGAAAAUGUCAGCUACAACAUGGAGGACGUGACGGACUGUUUUGAGGUGGUUAAGAACUUAGUUACCGACACUCGGGCGGAGCCAUAUUUCCUGUCGAUAAUGCAACAUCUGUUGUAUAUACGCGAUGAUUUCUACUACCGGCCAGCCUACUAUCAACUCAUCGAGGAGUGCAUAUCUCAAAUUGUAUUUCACAAGGGAUAUUGUGAUCCCAAUUUCGAAAAUCGAAAUUUCAAUAUAGACACUUCUUUGUUGUUGGACGACAUUGUGGAGAAGACCAAGGCCAAAGAAACCAAACGGGCGGAGGAAUAUGAAAAGAAAAUCGGCCAAUUGGAAAUUGCCAAACAGGAGGCUGAAGCAAAGGUGGCACAUUUGGAAGAGAAAAUAAAACUAAUGGAGGCAAAUGGAGCUGUGGCUGGAUCGCCAAGCAAAUUGCCAAAGGUUAAUAUACCAAUGCCGCCUCCUCGAGGAGGAGUGCGAAUGCCUCCACCUCCUCCGCCUCCGCCGGGAAUGGGCGGUCCGGGAGGACCACCACCACCUCCUCCACCACCAAUGCCAGGUAUGGGCGGUGGACCGAGACCUCCUCCACCUCCACCCUUCCCAGGUAUGGGAGGACCCCCACCCCCACCUAUGCCUGGCAUGGCGGGAGGUCCCCCACCGCCACCCAUGCUUAUACCCAUGGCGCCUGUGCUGCCUCAUGGCUUGAAGCCUAAGAAGAAGUGGGAAGCAAAGAACCCCAUGAAACGUGCCAACUGGAAACCCAUUGUCCCCCAAAAGAUGUCGGAAAAAUCAUUUUGGGUUAAGUGCCAAGAAGAAAAGUUGGCUUCGGACGACAUGCUUGCCGAACUCUCGUUGAAAUUCUCUUCGAAGCCCAUAAAGAAGGAUCAAAAGGAUUCUGUGGACAAACCAACAACGCUCACAAAAAAGACUGUCGAUUUGCGUGUGCUGGAUGCCAAAUCGGCACAAAAUCUUUCAAUUCUCUUGGGAGGAUCCCUCAAACACUUGUCAUAUGAUCAGAUAAAGUUGAACCUAUUACGCUGUGAUACUGAGAUUUUGUCUUCCAAUAUUCUGCAACAACUCAUACAAUAUCUACCACCUCCAGAUCAAUUGAAACGUUUGCAAGAGAUCAAGGCGAAGGGUGAACCAUUGCCGGCCAUUGAACAAUUCGCUGCAACAAUCGGUGAAAUUAAGCGUCUGUCGCCUCGCUUGAACAAUCUGAACUUUAAGCUAACAUUUACUGACAUGGUCCAAGACAUCAAACCCGAUAUUGUGGCGGGCACAGCUGCCUGCGAAGAAAUACGAAAUAACAAAAAAUUCUCCAAAAUACUUGAACUCAUUCUCCUUAUGGGCAACUUCAUGAAUUCUGGUUCGAAAAAUGAAUUAGCAUAUGGUUUUGAAAUUUCUUAUCUGACCAAAUUGACCAACACAAAGGAUGCGGAGAACAAACAGACUCUAUUACACUACUUAGUCGAUGUGGUGGAGAAGAAAUUCCCCGAUGCCUUGUCCUUCUACGAUGAUAUGACCCAUGUGGAUAAAGCUUCUCGUGUCAACAUCGAUGCCAUUCAAAAAUCUAUGAGGCAAAUUAAUGCAGCGGUGAAGAAUCUGGAAACCGAUUUACAAAACAACAAAGUGCCACAAUGUGAGGAUGACAAGUUUUCCGAGGUGAUGAGUAAAUUUGCAUCGGAUUGCAGGCAACAAGUCGAUGUGUUGGGUAAAAUGCAAGUGCAAAUGGAGAAACUUUACAAAGAGCUUGGCGAGUACUUUGCAUUUGAUCCCGCUAAAUAUACCAUGGAGGAAUUCUUUGUCGAUAUAAAAACCUUUAAGGAUGCCUUUGUACAUGCUCACCAGGAAAUCGUACGCCAACGUGAAGAGGAGGAAAAGAAGAGACGCCUACAGGAGGCUCGUGAACAAUCGCUUCGCGAACAAAUGGAAAGGCAGCAGCGUAAAUUGGCUUUGGUCGAUAUGGAUGCUGCCCAUGCCCAAGAAGGUGUCAUGGAUAGUUUGCUAGAAGCACUACAGACUGGUUCAGCUUUUGGCAAUCGCAAUAGUCGACAGCAAAGAAGACAACGACCGGCCGGAGCCGAACGACGAGCACAACUGAGUCGACCGCGAUCUCGAACACGAGUUGCGCCCGGCGCUUUGGUGUCACGAGAAAUGCUGGGCAAUGAAACAUUGAUGGGUUCCGCUUAAUCGGCUGAAAAAAAACAUGUUUCCUAAACUCGUAACCUCCCCUAUCCGAAAACACUGUUUGUAUAUAUGCAUAUAUAUAAAAUUUAAUUUAACAACUACAAAACAAAAUAAACGCCGCUUAUAGUCAUUUAAGUUAUACAUAAAACAAAUAAUAAUAA